AUGAUUGGUUUUGUCAGUUCUCAGUCCUGGAGAAAGGCGAGUGUGUUGAGCGAAAGUGAAGUGUGUGUCAGAAAUGGGGCAGGAGUGGAACCCUGGAGACUUCCUCACACCUCCAUGUCUAUCACUGAUGGGCACUCAGAGCAGAAUAUAUAGACCUUUAGCAUCAUGAGGAUCCAGGUGGAUAUAGACCCUGAGGAGUGGGAGAAGCUGAACUAUCAUAUCCACACACUGAUGUAUGCUCGUCAGGAGGUGGGUGCGUGCAUGAAGUAGAUCAUACUGCUGCUGGGUUACCAAAGGGAGGUGGACUCACUGUUUGCAGUGAAUAAACAAAGUGUAAUUGAGUAA